UAUAUAUGCGGUGGAAGUGAUGGUUCAACCUAUUUGUCUCAAUGUUAUAAAUAUAACAAACAAACCGGUAUUUGGGAAACCAUACAAUACAUGUCCACUGAAAGGAUUUCAUUUACUUUGAUUUCAAUGGAUUCAAAAAUGUAUGCAAUCGGCGGCUAUAAUGAUAAUGAUUUAAAUAGUGUUGAAACAUAUGAUACACAAACAAAUCAAUGGAAAUCAAUUCAAUCAAUGAAUAUAAUACGACGUCAGCAUGGUGCAAGUGUAAUACAAAAUUCAAUAUAUGUAUGCGGUGGUUACAAUAACAAAUAUAUCAAAUCAUGUGAAUCUUAUUCACCAAAUACUGAUGAGUGGUCUUUUGUAACACCAAUGACUACGGAUAGGCGUGGUCUGGCACUGGUAGCCAACAAUGGGUUUAUAUAUGCUAUCGGAGGCUAUAAUGGAUUUGAAUAUUUAAAUACAAUGGAAAGAUUGGAUACAACUAAACAACAAUGGCAACCAAUGGCUAAUAUGAAAUACACUAGAUUUAAUUUUGGCUCAGCAUUAUUUAUGGAUAAAAUAUAUGUUUGCGGCGGUUAUGAUAUAAGUGAUGGGAAAUCAUGCGAAUCAUAUGACCCGAAAACAAAUCAAUGGACACCAAUUGCAUCAAUGCUUAUAGAAAGAUUUGAAUUUAGUUUGAUUGAAUUUAAUGACAAAUUAUAUGCAUUGGGUGGCUAUACCAAAGAUUUUAAACAAACAGAUACGGUUGAAAUAUAUGAUCAUAAAUCAAAUCAAUGGUAUUUUACGACAUCAUUGCCAAAAAAACUACAAGAUUUUGGACAAACAAUUGAUGACUUAUCGGAUAGUUUUAUCUAUAUAUGCGGUGGAUAUGAUGGGUCAUCACAAUUGUCUCAGUGUUAUAAAUAUAACAAACAAACAGCUAUUUGGGAAACCAUACAAUACAUGUCUACUCCGAGAAAUAUAUUUAGUUUGAUUUCAUACGAUUCAAAAUUAUAUGCAAUCGGAGGCUUAAAUGACAAAUAUGAAUAUUUGAAUAGUGUUGAAAAAUAUGAUACGCAAACAAAUCAAUGGAAAUCAAUAGUAUCAAUGAAUAUAUUACGCGGUCAGCAUGCUACAAGUGUAAUACAAAAUACAAUUUAUGUUUGCGGCGGUCAAAAUGAUAAAUAUAUCAAAUCUUGUGAAUCUUAUUCACUAAAUACUGAUGAGUGGUAUUUUAUAACACCAAUGACUACGGAAAGGUAUGGUCUGGCACUGGUAGCACACAAUGGGUUUUUUUAUGCUAUCGGAGGCUCUAAUGGUAAAGAAAUAUUCAAUACAAUGGAAAGAUAUGAUACAACUACACAACAAUGGCAACCAAUGGCUAAUAUGAAAUCUACUAGAUCAAAUUUUGGUUCAGCAUCAUUUAUGGAUAAAAUAUAUGUUUGCGGCGGUUAUGUUAAUAGCGAUACAAAAUCAUGUGAAACAUAUGAUCCGAAAUUAAAUCAAUGGACACCAAUUGCAUCAAUGCAAUUAGAUAGAGUUCAUUUUAAUUUGAUUGCAUUUAAUAACAAAUUAUAUGCAUUGGGUGGCCUAACAAAAGAUAUUGGACAACCAAAUACGGUUGAAAUAUAUGAUCAUAAAUCAAAUGAAUGGUUUUAUACGACAUUAUUGCCAAAAAAAUUAUCAGGAUUUGGAAAUUGUUUUGAUUCAACAAGUACAAUUGCAAUCAAUAAUCAAACAAUUACUGAUGACUUAUUAGAUAAUAGUUUUAUCUAUAUAUGCGGUGGUUUGGAUGGCACAACCUAUUUGUCUCAAUGUUAUAAAUAUAACAAACAGACAGGUAUUUGGGAAACCAUACAAUCCCUGACCACUAAACGGGACUUUUUUAGUCUGAUUUCAUACGAUUCAAAAUUGUAUGCAAUCGGCGGCUAUAAUGGUAAAACUUUAAAUAGCAUCGAAACAUACGAUACACUAACAAAUAAAUGGCAAUCAAUAGCACCGAUGAAUAUAAUACGAUAUGGUCAUGAUGCAACUGUAAUUCAAAAUACAAUAUAUGUAUGCGGCGGUCAAAAUGGCAAUGUAUUCAAAUCAUGUGAAUAUUAUUCGCUAACUACUAAUGAAUGGCAUUUUGCUCAACCAAUGGAUACGGAUAGACGUAAUCUGGAACUGGUAGCUAACGAUGGCUUUAUAUAUGCUAUCGGCGGUCAUAAUGGUAAAGAAUAUUUGAAUACAAUGGAAAGGUAUGAUAUAAAAACACAACAAUGGCAGCCAAUGGGAAAUAUGAGAUAUGCUAGAGCCUAUUUUGGAUCAGCAUUAUUUAUGGGCAAAUUAUAUGUUUGCGGCGGUUUGGGUAAUAAUGAUCAAAAAUCAUGCGAAUCAUAUGAUCCGAAAGCAAAUCAAUGGACACCAAUUGCAUCAAUGCUAUUAGAUAGACGUUAUUUUAAGUUAAUUGCAUUUAAUCAGAAAUUAUAUGCAUUGGGUGGUCAAGGAAAAGAUGGUAAACCAACUGAAACGGUUGAAGUAUAUGAUUAUAAAUCAAAUCAAUGGUAUUAUACGACAUCAUUGCCGAAAAAAGUUUACAAUUUUGGGGCAACUGUUUAACAAAGUUAUAAUACAAAAGUAUAAAUAAAACAUUACCUAAAAUUAUUUUGAAAAAUUAAUAGUUUAGAAUAAAAUAAUGUAAAUUAUUUUUUAAACCGAUUAAUAAAAAUUUAAUUAACAACUUAUUAUUUA